AUUUUUCUUCUGCCCCUCUCUGUCUCUCUGUGUCUGAAAAUUUGUGCAUUUUUUUUUUGCUUUUUCGGUUGCUAUUCUUGUUGUUCGUCUCUGAUACUUCUCCCAUCAGAUUCUUGGCAUUUCUCCCAAUUUCCGCUUCAAAUUUCGCAUUUCUUUUUUUUUUCUUUCUAGCCAUGAAAAUGCUUUUCCCAGCGCUGGAAGUAGGACCAUAUUGUUGUAGUGUCGAGUAAAACGCACCAUUUUGAGAUUGAUGCAUUUGUUUCUGAAUACGAGGUUUCGAAUUUCAAUCCCUUGGAGUAAUUUUCUUACCAUUUCUGUGUCUUUUCUUCUUCUUUUGUUCCUUUCUUUCUUCCCUUCCUUUUUGUGCCUUCCUGUAAUCAAGAUUGUCAAUUUCAGGAAUCCCAGUUGAAGAUUGGUCUUUUCAGGAAAUUCCAUGAUCAGUUCUUACCCUGCAAGCAAUUGAAUUGGAGUUAUCUGCGGAAGAAAGGUCUUUGACUUCUAAGUAAAAGGGACAACUCUAAAUUCUGUUUCUCUUUUUGGUUCAAUUCAGCCUCCUGCAUGAGAUAAGGUAUCAGAGAAGAGAAUGGAAACAGAGUAGAUGCAGAGGGUAAAAGUUGAUGAUUUGAGUAAGGUUUUUUUCUUCAAUUGGAGCUCUUGAUUUUACAAGUUAGCAAUUUAGGCCGAGGAAAUGCUGGAGACUGAGCUAUGUUCUUCGCGGGUUCUAUCACCCUUUCGCGAGGAGAGUGGCGAUGAAGAAUUGUCUGUUCUUCCUAGGCAUACUAAAGUCAUUGUGACUGGAAACAACAGGACCAAGAGUGUUUUGGUGGGUCUUCAAGGUGUUGUCAAGAAGGCUGUUGGGCUUGGUGGUUGGCAUUGGCUGGUUUUGAAAAAUGGGGAUGAAGUUAAAUUGCAAAGGAAUGCUUUGAGUGUGUUGGAACCUCCCACUGGGAAUGAAGAAGAUGAUGAUUAUGAUUUUGAUGACUCUAGCAGUGGCUGUGAAGUUGGUGAAAAGGAGAGUCAUCGUUUUUUAGCUGCUGGUAUCGAGUUCAGCAAACUCAGCAAGGCGAGAGUCCGAUAUGCAAGGCCAUUGGUUCCAUCGCAUCCACAAAGUCAAUUAGUCGCAACAGUGGGAGCGAACUUAAAUCUAAUAGCCAUGCCCCUCAACAGAGCUAGUUAUUGCUCGCUUAACUCAGAGCCCUUCAUUCCAAAUACAUCAAGAUCUGAUUUAGCGCACCAUGGGUCGAACAUGGCAAAAUUGGGAACUGGCUCAUUGUGGAGAUACUGCCAGAGAUUCAAGCUAGCCAGCAUUAAUUCUAACCUUACAAAGGAACAACUUUCUAACAUUGUCCAGCAGCACUUUUCUUCUCAGCAAGUGGACGAGGUACAAGUGGUCGUAGAAUUCGUCCGUGCAGCAAAGAGGUUAAGAGCGAUCGAUGCACAUCGAGACGAUUGUAGAAAAACUGGUUGCUUGUAGUAUAAGUAUAUAGUAGUUAGUAUGAACCCUAACUUAGUCAGCUCUAAUGUUAUUGCUAAUGCCUGAUGUAGACAUCUGGAUUGUGUGGUAGGCUGUAGGUAAAAAAUCCAAGUACCUCUGUUAACAUCUGUCUGAUGGAAUGUGCUGUUGGGGCAGUAGCCCUCGAUGAUCUGAUCUGAUCUGAUAUUUCCCUUAUUUGUUUUCUUGCACCCCCAAAGAAUGCGCUCCUUAUUGUGAAUGUUCGAAUGGUCAAGGAUAAUCCUAGUACUUCCACGUUCCCAGGGAGUGGGAACCGUUUCUAG